CAAGGCUGGAGGACACUAGAGUACGACUGGCCUUGACCGAUUCUCUGACAGAUUAGUACCUCAGUGAUGUGAGGACUGGUCAUGCGAGAAUUGUAAACUGAUAGUUAUGAAAUUUAUCGAUUUCCCUGGCAAACUUCUGCAACCGCUUGCACAUUUCUACUAUCCUGUGCUCGGAUAGUGAAAGUGAUAACAAAGCAGACGAUUUUUCUUGACCUAUAGCGACAAGGAACAUCAUGGGCGACGCAGCAGAGCUGAAAAGAAUUGCUUGUGAUGCGAUUGAUUCGCAAGCAUCGCGCUUGAGAGCUCUAAGUCAGGACAUCUGGAAUCAUCCUGAACUUUGUUUCGAGGAACAUUAUGCUCACAAGAGACUUACUGAUUUUCUAGAAGAACAAGAUUUCAACGUGGAAAGAUCGUACAAACUGGAGACGGCAUUUAGAGCAGUUCCGAAACAUUCGCGAUGCAAAGAGGAAGACGGCUACCCCAAUAUCGCGAUGCUUUGUGAAUACGAUGCUUUGCCAGGUAUAGGCCACGCCUGUGGCCAUAAUCUGAUCGCCAUGGUAGGUGGCGCUUCGCUUGGUGUCCAAGCAGCUCUCCAAUCGUCUGCAUUUCAAGGCAGGGGUGGGCAACUGACAGUUUUAGGUACACCAGCUGAAGAAGGAGGUGGAGGAAAAGUUGAACUGAUUGAUGCUGGAGCUUUUGAGGACAUAGACCUUGCAAUAAUAGCCCAUCCUGCCCAGAUUAACCUGCCAAUGCCUAUAGUGCUGGCCAGGAAAGGGUUGAAGAUCACUUAUAAGGGCAAAGCAUCCCAUGCGUCUGGUGCUCCUUGGAAUGGUGUGAAUGCAUUGGAUGCAGCUGUACAAUGCUAUACAAAUAUCUCUCACCUUCGCCAGCAGAUGAAGCCUACCUGGCGUGUUCAUGGUGUAAUCACAGAUGGGGGAGUCAAACCAAACAUUAUUCCUGAUCAGGCUGAGCUGCAAUACUACCUGCGAGCACCUACUGAUGCAGAACUUUCGGUUCUCUGCCAGAAGGUUAUAAACUGCAUUCAGGCAGCUGCUCUAGGCAACGGGAUGUGAGGUGGAAUUCAAGUCAGAACCUGUACCAUACUCUAGCCUUCUGGCAAACAAAAUUCUAGCAUCACUUUAUGUAGAGAAUGGGGAAGCAACUGGAAUCCAGUUUGAAACCAAUCAAGAAAUAAUCCAGAGACCAGGAGGGUCAACUGACAUGGGAAACGUGUCAAAGGUGGUGCCUAGUCUGUAUCCCAAAUACAGCAUAGGCACUGACGCUAGUCUUCAUUCUAAGGAUUUUGCAUCUCAUGCAAAAACUGAAAUGGCUGAAACUCUUUCUUUCAUGACUGCAAAAGCCCUAGCAAUGACUGCUAUUGAUGUUCUCAUCACACCAGGCCUGCCAAAUAAGAUCACUGAGGAAUUCAUAAACUCUAUGAAAACAGAGUAACCAUUAAGGAAAUUUAUCUGUUGACUAUCAAAUAUUGGUUGUUUCCUACAGUUUUUGUAUGUUAGAAGGCGGAUGGAUUAGACAAGGUAAAUCUAAGUGUAAACUCAUUUUUAGAGAAAGCAUGGUGCUGUUUGUGCCUUGCAACUCAUAUACUUUUUUCUUCAUCUGUGUAUCAAGAAUUAAGUAGUGUGUUAGGAAUUUAUACUUCAAGAUCUCAUUUCCCAUAUGCAUAUACUGUUAUGAUUGUGAUAAGAUUGUGAUAAGAUUGUGAUAAGAUGAUAUGAUAUAUACAUAUACUCUGUUCUGUAUAUAAUAAUAAUAAAGAUGCAUUUCAUAUUGUGUGUGAUUACACUCAUGAAGGAACAUGCUCUCAGCACUCAAGACAAAAAUGAGACAUGGACGGCAUAUGAAUGACGGAAGGAUAAACAACCAUACAGACAAGUGAUAAAAGACAACCACACAAGAUGCAAAGAGGAAUCAAGGAACAAACAGUAAGGGUUAAGAGUUUCAUGAAUCUGCAGAGAAAGACUAGUCAACAGAUGAAAAAAGUGCAAGAAAGGGUUAGAAGAUAGACUAUAAUUAUGUGGAUUGUUGUUUGGAGUAAUGCUCAAGAACAGAUGUGUUUUUAGUCGCUUGUUUAAGAAAUUUGUGGGUAAGUGGUGGAUAUGGUAGGGGAGAGAAUUUUACUGUUUUGCAGCACAGUUAUGAAAAAUCCAAUGACCAUACACUCUUAGUCUGAUGAUAAGGAUAGGGGCAUCAGAUAAAAAGGUCAUCAGCUGAAGAGUAGAGUUGUCUGGGUGGAAUUUAGGGGAGGAAAAAUUGUCAGGGCAGGAGGCACAGCACAGGCAGCUUGUAACAAAUGCAAGAACAGAUGAGUACCCAGUUCAGGAAACAAAGGAGAUGAGUUACAUGGUCCCUGAAAUAUAUAUAUCUGAUCUAUAUUCAAGAUUGUCUCAUUCCACAUACCUGGAAGUAGUAACGUGUUUGCAGCACAGCCACCAUAGACUGAUGAAUAGGGUGUUGUUGACUGUUGGUAGUGAUGACACAAUUCAUUUCAUAGAAAUGCAUGGUCAGAUAAGCAAUUCACACACUCAUCAUAUACUUUAUAAGGGUUUAUUUUUUUUCAUGUUUAUAUAGUUUGUAAAGCAAGGACAUUUUUUCCAUAAUUUCCCAUACUCUGUGGAUGUUCCAAAUGAUCAUUGCAUUCACAAUGGAGCAAGGAAAUGUAUGCAAAAUUAUUUUCUUAUUAAAACUAUAGUGCCUUUAAAAGGAAAGUUUGUUUCAUUGUUAUCUUACAAAUUAAAAAAAAAAAGAAUUAAAAGACAGGCAGCAAAAGUGUAUUAAAGGCACCAUACACAAGCUACAGUUAGGGGACAGAUUAUCAUCUGUCUCCAAGUGUGCCGAACUACUGGAAUAUUUUUUACAAAUGUAGUUUCACAUUGUCUACUCAACUACAUUUUUCUAAAAUCACGUUAUUUAUUCCAUAUUAUUGUAUUUUAGAUUAAAAGUGACUGAAUACUCAGAAUAUGUACCCUUGUAACCUGGGCAUUUGUUAUUCACCAUACAUAAGGCUGUAAUUAAAAGUAACUCUAAUCUUUUUUCCAGAUUGUUUGCAUAUUUUGCAUAACAUUUUAUAUUGUUUUCCUCUUUACUCAGGAUACAUUUCCUGCUAACACUUGCAACUUUUCCUUUAUGCAAGAAAAUCUCAUAUUACUUUCCUAGAAUUUGUGAAGUAUUAUACAUGUACUGCUAAUUUACCUUAUUUCACAAAAUGAACUAAUCUUGAUGUAUACAUAAUAUGUUGUCAAAUAGCAUCAGCUCCUAAAAAAAAGACUGUUGUAUAUGUAACAAAUGCUAGUAAUUUAUCUUAUAUUAAUCCCUAUUGAAAUGGUACUUUCAUUCAGCUGACUAAAUGUACUCACAAUAUCUUCAGAACUAUUAAACUAAAGAAAUUUAAGUUAUCUUUAAUACUUUAUUUAUAAUUAUUUCUGUUUAUUUUCUGUCUGUUUAUGUCAGGUAAUGUAGUGAUGUCUUAAAAAACUUGCCACAGUUACAAGGAUAAAAACUGGCCUAAAAACAUAUCCACAUGUACCCAAAGACUCUCACACACACACAGAUGCAUGCAUACACACACCUGUAAUGUAUCAGUUGUCGGAGUGUAAUGUAUAGUGGCAGAGAAGGUCACCCCAAAAAUGUCCUUUUAUUUUUUUGAUUGCUUUGGUGUAUGACGCUGUUUUAAGAUUUAUUUUUAAAUCUUUGAUUAGUCUUUAGUUUUAUAUUUUCAAAAUAACCUCCACUUGUGAUCUCAGCUUAUUUUAAAAUCACCACCUAUUAUUGGCUUAUUUGCUUUUUCAAGUCUUUGAUUUGUCUUCUACAAAAUCAGCAUUUACCUUCACGGUUCAUCAUCAUUAAUGGUGAUAGGAGAUGAUUUUCCUUUACUUACCAUAGAUGCUAACCUUCCUCCACUGCCCCCAAGCUGUACACUGCAUGCACACAUACACACAUAUAUGCAUGCAUGCACAUACAAACACAGGUUAUUUGGUAUACAUGGAUAAAGAUUUCAUCCCCUAAAACCCGGCUAAAAACCUGUUGCUUUUUUAUGUUGAAAGACACAAACAGACACACACACAGAGACAUGUGUGCAUGCACACAGUUUAAUAACAUAUUUAUGUAUCUAGUCCUUUGUGCAUCACUAUUUUAAUUUUUAUUUUACCUGUUACUGGUAGCACCAAAUUAAACAAUAUAGAACACAGAGCAGAUGUUUGUCAAUAUUCUUAUGCUUAUAUUACAAUAUAACCAAACCCUGCAUGUGUGAAAGACAAAGAGAUAAUUUUUUUUUAUUUUGAGGGUGAUAGAAUAAGCAGAACAUGCUUUUUUAACAUCUAGCCUGUAAUUUGACUUAAAUGGAAAUGAUACUAAACUGCUGGACUAUUACAAAAAGAAAAAAAAUAUUCAAAUGUGUGCAAAUUAAUGUUUUACUCCUUUAAGGAUGCUUAUGGAGUCCUAUGUAUUAAUGGCAUUAAUUCCUUAUACAAGUUCAGUUCAUUGCACAACAAUGAACACAUCUUUAUUUACAAGGGUAACAGAAAAAGCAAAAGUUAUGCUGUUUUACAUCUAGCCCUCGUGCAAUUAUAAUAUGUAUAAACAUUAUGCUAUCUGA